AUGUCGCUUAAACGCACCCUUUUCAUCAUCUUACUGGCCAUUUCUAUACUCGUAUUUAGUAUUUACGCAUCCCCUGUACGUCGUGCCGAAAUUGGCAAAAAAGUGAGCGUUACCUUACACAAACUCGAUGCUACAAUUACAUUCGAACAAGUUGGCGUCCAAAAAGUCACUACCUUUGCACAAUUGGGUAUAGAAAUCCAGCUACCCGGUACCAAGCCUUUCAAAGCGACUGGUCCUGGAGUUGUCGAUAUUUUGGUUGGCCAAACUCUUGAAAUUACUAAAGACAAAGAGGUCCUUGAUAGUGGAAUACUUGUUUAA